AUGGCUCCCGUGGCAACCACGCUCGUCUCCGAGAGCACAGGCAACGCCAAUGUUGGCGCUCUCGGCAAGACCAAGGACGGCCGACCAUUAAAGGUCAGGUCAUACCCGAACUUCGACUCUUUGGAAGAGGAGAGGCAGUAUCGAAAGCAGCAUCUCGCCGCUGCGUUCCGUAUCUUCGCCGAACGCGGUUCGUCUGACCGGCCUUGGGACCACUCCAGCACGCUAACACCGAAAAUCCAAGGCUUCGACGAGGGAGUGGCUGGUCAUUUGUCCCUACGAGACCCCAUCUUGACCGACCACUUCUGGCUGAACCGUAAGUGUCGGCAUGGAACGUGGCCGCAGUGGCGGACAAACACCCUAAGUCCUCUCCAGCACUCUCGAUGCAUUUCUCGCAAAUCUCAGUCUCGCACUUGGUCUUGGUCGACGAGGAUGGCGCCGUGGUCAUUGGCGAUCAACCCAUCAAUGCUGCGGCAUUCGCGAUCCAUUCCGAAAUCCACAAGGCGAGGCCAGACGUCCACGCUGCCUGUGAGUCCUGUCUUGCCCGACACUGGCCGCGAUGUGCGAAUCUCUGAUCAUCAAUCUAGGCCACGCUCACAGCGUCUACGGCAAAGCCUUCUCAGUCUUCGGUCGCGAGCUCGACAUGAUUACCCAGGACAGCCUGCGUUUCUACAAGGACCAUGCCGUGUACCCGCAAUUUGGAGGUGUGGUGCUUGACCGUGAAGAGGGCAAGCGUAUUGCUUCCCACCUCGGGAACGGCAAAGCCAUUAUUCUCCAGAAUCAUGGCUUGCUCACUGUGCGAUAUUCCUGAACAUUUUCAACGACACGCGACUAACGCGUUCAGGUCGGAGAGACCAUCGAUGCCGCGGCCUUCUGGUUCCUGUCCCUUGACAAGACAUGCCAUGCGCAGUUGCUCGUCGACGCGGCAUCACAAGGCAGUGGCCACCCGAAGACUUUCAUCGGCGACGAAGAGGCCCAGUACAGCUUCUCGCAAGUUGGGUAAGUCAAACACAUGCCUCUUGGCGCGGGAGACCUCCAUCCCAUUUCCUGGUUACUAGCGGCGCCUACGCGAUUGAGUUCCUCGGAGACGAACAUGUCGACGCGUCAAGACGCUGCAAUCUGAUCCAGAAAGCCAGAGAAGCUGACAUAGAGGUUCUUUCCAGAGCUCCUGAGAAGGGCUGGCUCGCGUUCCAGGUACGUUCUGUCUCCCUCGUUAUUCCUCCUUUCCACUGACCUUGAAUUCUCAAAGCCAUACUACGACGAUAUCCUGGCAAAGACCAAUGGUAGCUUCCUCAAAUAA